GAACUUUAGAUGUAGUUUCACCUUUCUUUUGUGACACUAUAUCCUUUCUAUGAUUUGUGAAAGUUCAUCUUAGAUUCAUUUGGAACUAGAUUAUCAAAAAUAAUAGAAAGAGCUUACAUGUAUGUUCUGCCUAAAUGGAAAUAGAAACAUUGUUACAUGAUGUAUUUAUUAGAUCAUCCUUGAAUUAGUUAGUGUUCCUUCAUCAUAGCAUGUGAGAGCUUCUUUUGGGCGUUUCAUUAGCACAAGGCUAAACUUGGGGGAUUUACUCCGGCAUAGAGUUUUGAAAGUUGGAUGAUGGGUGUUUGAUGGAAUCCACUGCAUUUUAGUAAUUUCUACGUCACUUUUCCAUCUAAAUCUUGGUAUCCAACAGAGGUUGUGUUUUAAAAGAAGUCUUCAAGGGUGUUAUUUCUGCAAUUCCGGAGGCUUGAACGAGCUAACUAUCAUUUAACUUGUUCAACUCCUUUAAGCAGUGUCCUUAGCGUGGAAGUGUCCAAUGUGUCACUCAUGUCUAUAUCGGCCUAGGCACUAUGCUCAUUAGAGUUCUAGCAUCUCUUCACAUGGUUCCAGAUCCAUCUCCGGAAGCAGCAGAAGCCUCAGGCUCUGCAAUUAAUUGGAGUCCGACUUCAAGUCUAUAUUACCUGGAAUGUAGAGAUCUCCUAUACAUGGAAUAGAAUUGAAAACAUGUUGCAUCAAAUAAAUCACUUGUUUAAACAUCUCUUCUAUUUAGCUAUAUAAGUCGUAUUGUAUCUUUAUGAGCUAUGAUUUCAAAGACUCCCAGCUUUAGUUGGAGUCAUAAGACUCGAAACAAGUGCAUAAAAUUGCAACUACAACCGACAUGAGAUGGUGUCGCUGCCAUGCUGAAUUCAAGUACAAAAGUUGCAUGAUUUCAAGACGUAGUAACUAAACAGAAAGCCACCUUUACUUGGCUUCAAGGCCAUAACAGGCAGGACUCAGGAGAAUAGCUUAAAGCUAGUGAUUUGCUACCCAUCUACAAUCUAGAAAACAUGGAUUUUGGAUUACUUGGCUUUGGGACCCAAAAGUUUUUAUAAUAUGGAAGCUAGGAAGCUACUUGUUUAUAAGUAGGAGUUCCCAUCAGUCGAGCCCUGGAAUUUUGCUAAAAGUCGAGCACAGGUGGUUCUGCAAAAUAGUUGCGAAAAAUCCUUUCAUGGCCAAGGAUAGUACCACGAUUAAUAUAAUUGCGACCUUGAACAGAACAACGAUGUGGGACUACUCCACUCUCACCAUUUAGUCGUUCUUCUUCCAUAGCAACUUUGGUAAGUAUCUCUAAAUCAUCAUCAGAGUCUGAGUCGAGAAGAAGAAAAUUUAGUAAAGGAUUGCGAGCCAUAAAGAGGAAAGAAAGUAGUUUUGAGAAAAUUAAAAUUGAGAUGGGUGUUAAAAGGAGAGGAAAUAUGAAAAAUAAUGAAGCUUUGAAAAAAAAAUUAAAUUGAUAGGGUUGCGGAAAUGUAAUAUAUGGACUCAUUUAUAGAUGAACAAAAAAAAAUAGCUGUUAGAAAGAUCAAGAUUGCAAUAUGACAGUUGAAAGAAAAAAUAGCUGUUGGAAGUGCAAAAGUGCAAUUUGAACGUUGGAAGGAAAAAAUAUCUGUUGGAGGUGCAAUUCCAAAAGGUAUAUUUUCUUCCUCCAUACAACUGAUGAAACUAUUUACUGUCUUUUUUUCUGGUACAACAACUUACUUUUUCACUUUGCCAAUGCAAUUCAAAAGUGAAUAAAAUAAUUUUAUUGUGUUCGCAAUGCUCAUUUAUUAAAUGGCCUGCUAAAGUAGAUAAUUGUCUUUUGUCUAGGCAGAAUAGAUAACUGCUAAGGUGGGGAAUGUGGUGGGUCGACAACUGCAGACUAGAUAGUCCCAUCAACUCAAUCACUAACUGAAUAACGGUAGCCGGAAAAACAAAGCGGCCGUCCCACCACCCAAUGGUUUUCCCAAUCCUCAGACGCUCUCUCUCCUCCCUCUCCCCACCACCACCACCUCCACCUGACCCAUCCCAAACCCUAGUCUCCACCGUCGUCCAAAUCCUCACCCACCACCGCUCCAAAUCCCGCUGGACCCACCUCCGCUCCCUCUCCCCCCCCACCGGCUUCACUCCUUCCCAAGUUUCCCAAAUCACCCUCCGAAUCCGCAACAACCCCCACCUCGCCCUCCGCUUCUUCCUCUUCACCCUCCGCCACUCCCUCUCCACCCCCUCCCUCCUCUCCUACUCCACCCUCAUCCACACCCUCUCCCGCUCCCGUCUCCUCAAGCCCCAAACCCUAACCCUAAUCCAAUCCGCCCUCCUCCGCUUCCCCGACACCGAUAAAACACCGAAACUCUUCCAGUCUCUCGUGAAGACCUACCGGGAGUGUGACUCGGCCCCGUUUGUGUUCGACUUGUUGAUUAAAGCUUGUUUGAGAUCUACCAGAAUCGAUCAAGCGAUGGAAAUUGCGAGGAUGUUAAAGUCUAGAGGGAUUUCUCCCAGUGUUAGUACGUGUAAUUCGGUGAUUAGGUCGGUUUCGAAGUAUCGUGGGUGUUAUGCUGGGUAUGAUUUUUACAAGGAGGUUUUCGGGUUUGGCGAUGAGGGUAAGAGUAGAACCGUGGGUGUUUUUAAGGUUGUUCCGAAUGUGCAUACGUUUAAUGUGAUUAUGCUUGGUUUUCAUCAAGAUGGUUUAGUGGGAAAUGUGGAAGAGGUUUGGGGGGAAAUGGAGGCAUUGGGUUGUGAACCGAGCGGGUAUAGUUAUAGUAUUUUGAUGGCGGCAUAUUGUGAGGAUGGAAAGAUGGGUGAGGCUGUGAAGUUGUGGGAAGAAAUGGGGAUUAAGGGUUUGAAGCCAGAUUCCGUGGCUUACAACACUAUGAUUGGUGGGUUUUGUAAAAUUUGUGAGGUUGGAAGGGCUGAAGAGUUUUUUAGAGAAAUGGGGUUGAGUGGUGUGGAGUGUUCUUUUGUUACUUUUGAGCAUCUUAUCAAUGGGUAUUGUCAGAUUGGGGAUGUGGAUUCAGCACUGUUGUUGUAUAAGGAUAUGUGUAGGAAAGGUUUUAGGUCAGAGAGUUCAACAGUUGAUGCUGUUAUUAGAGGACUUGGUGGGGAGAAUAGGGUUUCCGAGGCUUUGGAGUUUCUGAGAGUUGCAAUCAGAAAACAUGAGAUUGCACCUAAAAGGAAGAGUUAUGAGGUUCUGAUAAAGGGUUUAUGUCAAGAGGGGAGGGUGGAAGAAGCAUUAAAGCUUCAGGCAGAGAUGGUAGGGAAAGGGUUUGAACCGAAUUGUGAGAUUUAUAGUGCUUUCAUUGAGGCGAAUACGAAAGAAGGGAAUGUUGAACUAGCAGAAAUGUUGAAGAAGGAAAUGUUUGAAACUCAGAUGCCGAAGGAAGUGGAGUAACUGAAUUGUUUCCAAUUACUGUGAGCUAGAUUUAGAUUCGGGUUCUGGUUGCCGCAGUUUCAAAUGGGUGAUUUUGUUCAAAAUUCUAGAAACUGGAAUGGACAUAAACUGCUUGCAAUUUAGUGAGAAUUCAUCAGGAGCAAGCAUGACUGCCUUAAGUUGAACUUUACACCUUGUACCUGAAAGGACAUCCAAAAACCUUUGGCAACUUUCCCUUGCAGUCUUGAGUUCCAUUCCGCAACUACAUGUUCACCAAUGUCGAACAGAGGAUCCAGAGUUAUGUCGAAAAAAGGUCCCUUCCCUCAAUAUCAUGAUCCGGUCGACCAAGCCAGAUCAAGAGCUGAAUGGAAAAUCGAAGAUGUCAUCUGUUCCAGCUAAUUUUUUGUGAUUAAUCCUAGCCAAUGUUUUCUGGGAAAAAUGGAAAAUAUUUGGGUGAAAGCUUCUUGUCCGUGGCCUGCUCAAUACCAUAACAUGGAGGAUAGAAUACCAAUCAGCUUGUUGGAAAUACGGCCCGCGGAGUAUGGGGCUAUCCGCUAUUUCUUGGAUAAUCGCAGUAAGGUGUCCGGACCAGCUUAUGCGCACCUCAACUAAUCUUGUUCCUGUUCCAGUCAAAGGCAGGCUCACGCUGGGACUAAGGAAUGCAAAAAAUUACUUUCUUGUCAUCCCACCUUUUCUGCUGCAACUUGGUGAGUCCGAAAAAGUUGCAACCUUCUACCCUUCAAUUUCAUUGUGAUUCACUAAAAUGGAUUUGCAAGAUAGGUGGUCAUGUGAGCCUCACGUAGGGUAUUCCCUUUUUUCCCUCUUUUUGACAAGAAGUCUGAUAUUCCCUCAGUUCUAAAUUAUUGAUCCCCUUUUCGGAAA